GUGCUGUUCCUGGUGGCUUGGCCAUCAAGCAAGCUGCUGGUGGCUUGCAGGUGGAUCUUUCCGGACUGCAAUUUGGCCAGUCUCGGCAUGUCCUCCUGCGUCCAUCUGUGACUUCAGACGCACACAGCGCCAUAUCGCUGACGCUGGAGUACGACACACGCAGCCGAGCUAGACGCAGCGUGUCGCUGUCAUGCAUGCUCCGUGACCUGCUUCCGGCGGAAGAAGGCAUCGCCCAGAAGUCCCGAGUCCUGCUUGUGGACGGUGUUCGGAUGGCGAUGAGCACCUUAAAGCAGACUCAGCUGGACAAGCUGAAGGAGGUGCCACUGCCCCUCCCCAAGGCGCAGGAGCAGAUCGCGGAACUAGAGAGCUCCAUCAGAGCGCUGGGUGGAAGCUCCGAGGCUGUGGAAGCCUUGUUGGAGGACUUGUCUGGGCAGGUGGCUGAAGCCUUCUCCCGCGAGGAGUGGUACACGAGGUGGGGCGUCCACUUUCUUCCAUCGCUACUGUGUGCACAUGCUUCCCAACAAUGCAAUAACUUCAAGGACCCUGGAGUUCAGCACUACGGAGGUGAUCUGUUUGCCGACUUGCGAGACCAAGCUGACGAGGGGGCCGGGGAUGCGACCAAUCGAGGGCAUGCCCAGGGAAGUGGAAAAGGCUGGAGGCCAUGGAAGCCAGAGUCCACGGUAGCGGUCACCGGCAUCACAGACAAGAUGAAGAAGACAGUGCUGCAAGCCUCUUUCGGGGAAUUUGGCAGGAUCAUACGCAUCGAGGUGCCGGAUGGCAAGACAGUUGCCUUCGUGGAGUUCGAAGAGCACCGAGAUGCCAACGAUGCUGUGAAAGAGAUGCACAAUGCUCUCGUAGAGGGGCGUCGAAUUGGAGUUCGAAUGGUGGAGGAUUUGGAAACCAAGCAGCAUCGCGGUCGUGAAGAUCCUCCCGACAGGCCUCGAGACCGCAGUCGAAGCCAAGCGCGAAGGCCUGGAGUAUCACUCUCUGAGGCUUCGACUCGAGCAAGCAGCACACACAGGUCAAGACGGUGA